CAUGUGAAAGGUGGGAGCCGGGACAGCCCGAGGAGCCGCGGCCGGCAAAGAUGGGGGAUGCUGCAGACUCCCGGGAGCUGAGGAAGACGUUCAUUGUUCCAGCCAUCAAGCCCUUUGACCACUAUGAUUUCUCCAGGGCCAAAAUCGCCUGCAAUCUGGCCUGGCUGGUGGCCAAAGCCUAUGGGACAGAAAAUGUCCCAGAGGAACUUCAAGAACCCUUUUACACAGAUCAGUAUGACCAGGAACACAUCAAACCACCUGUUGUUAAUUUGCUUCUGUCGGCUGAACUUUACUGUCGUGCUGGGAGUCUCAUUCUCAAGAGUGACGCUGCAAAGCCCCUGUUGGGCCACGAUGCUGUCAUGCAAGCUUUAGCACAGAAGGGCCUUUAUGUCACUGACCAGGAAAAGUUGGUAACAGAACGAGAUCUUCACAAGAAACCCAUACAGAUGAGUGCACAUCUGGCCAUGAUCGACACUCUCAUGAUGGCCUACACUGUGGAAAUGGUCAGUGUGGAAAAGGUGAUCACAUGUGCUCAGCAGUAUUCAGCCUUUUUCCAAGCCACGGAUCUGCCCUAUGACAUCGAGGAUGCUGUCAUGUACUGGAUAAACAAGGUCAAUGAACAUUUGAAAGACAUAAUGGAACAAGAACAGAAAUUGAAGGAACAUCACACAGUUGAGGCUCCUGGAGGUCAAAAGUCUCCUUCCAAAUGGUUUUGGAAACUGGUUCCAGCUCGUUAUAGAAAAGAGCAAACAUUGCUUAAACAACUGCCUUGCAUUCCAUUGGUAGAAAACUUGUUGAAGGAUGGCACAGAUGGCUGCGCACUGGCCGCCCUGAUUCAUUUUUACUGCCCUGGUGUUGUGAGGUUAGAGGAUAUUUGUUUGAAAGAAACUAUGUCUUUGGCUGAUAGCCUGUAUAACCUACAGCUGAUUCAGGAAUUUUGUCAGGAAUACUUGAACCAGUGUUGCCACUUCACCCUGGAAGAUAUGCUGUACGCUGCUUCAUCCAUAAAGAGUAAUUAUCUGGUGUUCAUGGCAGAACUCUUUUGGUGGUUUGAAGUUGUGAAGCCAUCGUUUGUACAGCCUCGUGUUAUUCAUCCACAAGGAGCUGAACCUGUGAAAGAUCCUCCUUCAGCUCCCGCCCUGAGUACUGCCAGGAGAAAUGUUUCAGAUGGUUCGUGGAGUUCUCGCUUCACUUCAAGUGGGGAAGGAGCUGCAUAUACAGAGGCUCGUCAUUUGCCUUCUAGGUAUUCACGUCCCCAAGCUCAUUCUUCAGCCUCAGGAGGGAUUAGAAGGUCUUCAUCUAUGUCUUAUGUUGAUGGCUUCAUAGGGACAUGGCCCAAAGAGAAAAGAUCAUCAGUACAUGGUGUUUCAUUUGAUAUUUCUUUUGAUAAAGAAGAUAGUGUACGGAAAUCUACUCCAAACCGAGGAAUCACUCGUUCUAUUAGUAAUGAAGGACUUACUCUGAAUAAUAAUCGCAUGUCUAGACACAUUAGGAAAAAUUUGUCCUUCAAGCCAGUAAACGGAGAAGAGGAAACAGAGAGCAUUGAAGAAGAACUUCAUAUAGGAUCUCACGGUGAUCUCAGGUCUUACAUGCCCUUUAAUACAAAUGAACUAAAUUCUAAUGAGAACAUUCCUUACAAGCUUCCAAAUGAAGCUUUGCAAAACAGAAUCCUCCUAGAUGAGUUUGGCAAUCAGACUGAGACACCAAGUAUUGAAGAAGCAUUACAGAUAAUUCAUGAUACUGAAAAAUCUCCCCAUACUCCUCAGCCAGACCGAAUUGCUAAUGGCUUCUUCCUCCAUAGCCAGGAAAUGAGUAUCCUAAAUUCAAAUAUCAAGCUAAAUCAGUCUAGUCCUGAUAAUAUAACUGAUACAAAAGGUGCCUUGAGUCCCGUAACUGACAAUACUGAAGUAGACACUGGUAUUCACGUUCCUUCAGAAGAUAUUCCUGAAACUAUGGAUGAAGAUUCUUCUUUGAGAGACUAUACUGUGAGCUUAGACUCUGACAUGGAUGAUGCAUCUAAAUUUCUUCAGGAUUAUGACCUGCGAACCAGCAACCCCAGAGAAGCUUUGAGCCCUUGCCCAAGUACUGUCAGUACUAAGUCGCAACCAGGCAGCAGUGCUUCUUCGAGUUCUGGAGUUAAAAUGACCAGCUUUGCAGAACAGAAAUUCAAGAAGCUGAACCACACUGAUGGGAAAAGUAGUGGAAGCAGUUCUCAGAAAACAACACCAGAAGGCUCUGAACUUAACAUUCCUCAUGUCGUUGCUUGGGCACAAAUUCCAGAAGAAACAGGUCUUCCCCAGGGACGAGACACUACCCAGCUGUUGGCUUCUGAAAUGGUCCAUCUUCGGAUGAAGCUGGAAGAAAAGAGACGUGCUAUAGAAGCCCAGAAAAAGAAAAUGGAAGCUGCUUUUACUAAACAGAGGCAGAAAAUGGGAAGGACGGCAUUCCUUACUGUGGUGAAAAAGAAAGGGGAUGGGAUCGCCCCUCUCCGAGAGGAAGCAGCGGGGGCAGAAGAUGAGAAGGUCUACACGGACCGAGCCAAAGACACGGAGUCUCAGAAACCACAUGGGCAAAGGAGCAAGUCUCUGGCGGAUCUAAAAGAAAGCAUGGAGAACCCUCCGGCCAAGUGGCUGAAGUCUCCAACCACGCCUGUAGACCCCGAGAAGCAAUGGAACCUAGCAAGCCCCUCAGAGGAAAACCUAAAUGAAGGAGAAAUUUUAGAAUAUACGAAAUCCAUUGAAAAGUUAAAUUCAUCCCUGCAUUUUCUACAACAAGAAAUGCAACGCUUGUCACUUCAACAGGAAAUGUUGAUGCAGAUGAGAGAGCAACAAUCCUGGGUAAUUUCACCACCUCAGCCCUCUCCACAGAAACAGAUUCGAGAUUUUAAAUCCUCUCGGCAGGCAGGCCUGUCGUCAACCACAGCGUCAUUCUCGGACUCCCCUCGUCCUACUCAUCCUUCACCUCAGUCAUCCAACAGGAAAAGUACAUCCUUUUCUGCUAAAAAUCAAAGGACUCCUAGGCCAAAUGAAUUAAAAAUAACACCGCUGAAUCGAACCCUGACACCCCCACGAUCUGUGGAUAGUCUACCUCGGUUGAGGAGGUUUUCACCAAGUCAGGUUCCAAUUCAGACUAGAUCAUUUGUGUGUUUUGGGGAUGAUGGAGAUCCUCAGCUAAAGGAAUCCAAACCCAAAGAUGAAGUUAAGAAGGAGGAAUUGGAGCCUAAAGGGACUUCUGACCGUCAUGGACAUAAUCCAGAAGAAAAGGAAAUCAAACCUCUGGAAUCAAUGGUGUCUGAAGUCCUGUCUCAGCCUGUCACAGAGACUGUAUGUCUGACCCCAAAUCAGGACCAACUGAGUCAGCCCGUAGAACCCCCUCCUAAGCCCAUUUUUCCAUCUACUGCUCCAAAAAAUGUUAAUCUGAUUGAAGUUUCCCUCUCAGAUUUGAAACCCCCAGAAAAGACUGAUGUAUCUGUUGAAAAAUAUGAUGGAGAAAGUGAUAAAGAACAGUUUGAUGAUGACCAGAAAGUAUGCUGUGGAUUCUUUUUUAAGGAUGAUCAAAAAGCGGAAAAUGAUAUGGCAAUGAAACGAGCAGCUUUGUUGGAGAAACGAUUAAGAAGGGAGAAAGAAACUCAGCUUCGGAAGCAGCAGCUGGAAGCAGAGAUGGAGCAUAAGAAAGAGGAAACGAGGCGUAAAACCGAGGAAGAACGUCAGAAGAAAGAAGAUGAGAAAGCACGUAGAGAAUUUAUUAGGCAAGAAUAUAUGAGGAGAAAACAACUGAAACUAAUGGAAGACAUGGACACAGUCAUUAAAUCUCGCCCUCAAGGGACAAAACAGAAAAAACAGCGGCCAAAAUCUAUUCACAGAGAUCACAUUGAAUCACCCAAAACACCAGUAAAAGGUCCUCCAGUCUCUAGCCUUUCAUUGGCAUCACUGACCACAGGCGAUAAUGAGAGCUUGCAUUCAGGCAAGAGGACACCCAGAUCAGAGUCUGUAGAGGGCUUCUUAUCUCCCAGUCGCUGUGGCAGUCGAAAUGGAGAAAAAGACUGGGAAAAUGCAUCAACAACUUCUUCCGUGGCUUCUGGAACAGAAUACACAGGACCAAAGCUCUACAAAGAACCCAGUGCAAAAUCCAAUAAGCACAUAAUUCAAAAUGCUUUAGCUCAUUGCUGUUUGGCUGGAAAAGUAAAUGAAGGUCAGAAGAAAAAGAUACUAGAGGAAAUGGAGAAGUCUGAUGCAAACAACUUCUUAAUCUUGUUCCGGGAUUCAGGCUGCCAAUUCAGAUCUCUCUAUACUUACUGCCCAGAAACUGAAGAAAUCAAUAAACUAACUGGGAUAGGCCCUAAAUCUAUCACUAAAAAAAUGAUUGAGGGACUUUACAAAUACAAUUCUGACAGGAAACAGUUUAGUCACAUACCUGCUAAAACAUUGUCGGCCAGUGUUGAUGCAAUUACCAUUCAUAGCCAUUUAUGGCAGACCAAAAGACCAGUAACCCCGAAAAAACUCUUACCCACUAAGCCAUAGGAGCUGGGAAGUAUUUGCUUCAGAACAUUCGUGGUACAUUUGCACUUCAUCUUUCCUGCCUACAGAAAAUCUUUCUAAUUGCCAACAAGACUUUUAUUAAUUUAAACUGGACACUAAGCUCUGUUGUCAAGAACAACUGGAAUAUAAACCACAGUAUUUUGGAAUCCAGAAGAUUCUCGCUUAGGUGAUAAGGUCAAGAGAUGAAGGAAAUGUUUUGAUUCGCCAUUGGAGAUCUGUAUGUUACAAGGUUUACCUGCUUAGUAUUAGAUCCAUUGAAGCACUGAAUUUUUAUGGACACUAAUUCCAUUUAUGGUUGAUACGGCUAGGAUUGCAAAUUAUGUGUUUUAUUUGUUGCUUUUUUUUUACCCUUCAAUGUCCGUGCCUAUCUUCAGGUGGUCUGUUUUGUCAUUUCUUUUUCUGAGUUCCUUUGUAUUUUGUUUCACAUGGAGAUCAUGAAAGUAGGAAAUAACCUUCAGGGGUAACCUGCACCUUUCUUAAUGACGUUAAGAGAAACACUAGUGUUUAGCUUUACAGUGACCCUCAUGUUUAAAUGGUGUUAGAGCAUUUGUAAAAAUUAUUCUGCUGAGUAUUUACAAUUCUGUAUUUAUUAUCACUCAAGUAUUAACAUUUCUGUAUUAAAUUAAGAAAAGGUGUUAUAAAGAGCUGCUAGUAGGUUUGCUUUAAACCACAUGAGCUUAACCAAGAAUAUGCUUUCACAGGCUGCUGAUUAAAUCAGUGAUGUUCUUUUGCCACUUCUGGCCAACUCAGAAUAAUUUAGAUUUUUUUUUUUCACAAAAAUAAAAAAUAAAAAAGCUUUCUACUCUUUUAAAGCAAGUCACUUUAUAAGCUGGCAGAAAUGAAUGACACUUAGUCUGAAGAUGCAAGACUUCCUGAAUUAGGUUCUCAAGAGGUCUUUAUAUUGUAUUUAUAACUGAUAGAAAAAGUGUAUUUAGAAUUUUUAAACCUGUCCAAAGGGCUACAUUUUAAUUUUAAGAUAGUGUCACAUUAUUUUACUUACUCUGGGUUCUUUUUAAUUCUUUUCAAGUGGAGCAGCUUAGAUUAAGUGCACACUUGAAUUCUCUUCUAUGUGAUCCUUGUUGUUUGACUGUGUACACCAGAGGGUUAGUUGGGGGAAAACUUCAUUCUCAGGAAAAGGUUUGAAUGACUCUGUGACCCUGUUCUGUUUCCGUGUUGUGACAGCUGUGUAAACUUGGGAGGGGGAAGACAGUAUUGUAUCAUACAUGAGAUGGGUAGUUUGUUUUCUUUCAUGGGAAGUAGAGAUGAAAGGCUGUACAGUUCUCUAAUUGAAGUGUUUAGAGAGACAACUAACGUCUGAUAGGAUGUAUUUACUUAUUUAAGAAAAAGCAUAGGAAUGAGAUGUCCCUGAGCUGUACUUUUCUAUUAUUAUAAGGCCUGUAGGCAUCAUUGCAUCUGGGUUACCAACAUUUUCUCAAAUGCUGUCAAUAUUUUACUGUAAUUUAUGUUCUUAUAUUUAUGUAUAUUUGUUAAAACUGUAAAAAAAAUUUCACAGAUUUUUUUUCCAAUACCUGUGCAAGAAUAUGUGUAACUCAAAAUUAUUUGUGAUCUACUGUUUGCAUGUAAGAGACCAGGAUAUAUAACUCUUAUAUUUUAAGUGUAUACAUAUUGUGUAUAUAAUAUAUGAAUAUUAAAGUGGGAAAUAGCAUAUUUUA